UUUUGGUUUUUAUAAUUUAUAUUAGGUUGUAUUUACCCAGUUUACCACAGUUAAGUGUAACGUUGUGAGAACUUUAAGACCAUUUUAUGAAAUCGUUAAAAGUCUUUUAUGUUGACGUCUUAUUCGAGGCGUUUUGAAACCGGAAACGGCUAAUCUGUGGCGCUACUUUCGGUGAAGCGGAGGAAUUUAAAUGAGGGGUCAACAAACUUGUUCCUGGAGGGCCGGUGUCCUGCAGAGUUUACCUCCAACUUUCCUCAACACACCUGCCUGGAAGUUACAAGUAUACCUACAGUCAUACAGUUUUCAGAGAUGUCUCUAAGUUCAGUGCAGUCCACCUUGUCCACUCUGAAGACAUGUCAAACAGAUAUUGGAGCUUGUAUGGACAUGGUAUCAGAUGUUGCACUGGGAAUAGUUGAAGCACAAGGUAUGGAUAAUAGCCCAGCUCUGAAGAAGCUAGAGGAGAUGAUUAUGGAGUGCUCCAGAUUGGACAGAGAAAUCAAUUGUUUUGUGGAGUCUGUUGAUGAGAUCACUGCUCAGGUCAGGCACGAACCUUCCGAGGCCAUGGUUAAUCUGAGAAACUCUGUAAAGGAGCGUUUCACUGAGCUUAUGGCUGGAGUCACAGAUGCAGAGCUGCAAAGGCACAGCAAGGUUGUUUCCUUCAAAGACAGUGUCAGGAAAUAUGCCAUGCAAGCGGGGCAAACUGCUGCUGAGAAUGAAGAGGAGGAGCUGGAUGAGGACAUUGCUGUAACACAGAGCCAGACAAAUUUCAUCUGCCCUCUCACCCAGGUUGAGAUGGUCAAUCCAGUGAAAAACAAGAAAUGCAAUCAUUACUAUGACAGAGAGGCUGUACUUGAAAUGAUUAAGGCCAGGCACAGAAAUAAGAAGAAAUUUCGCUGUCCAAAGGUUGGCUGUGGAAACACAGAUGUUCAGGAGUCAGACCUCGAGCUGGACCUUGUUAUGAAGAGAAUGAUCCAGAACCACAAGAGACAGACUGGAAAAACUUAACUGGACUAAAUUAGUUCUGCUGAUGUUACAAUUGUUCUGUCUAGAAUAGAUAAAUGGUUUUGCAUGAAUGUUGAAAUGGAGACUGUUGUUGUAAAAUUUGGUUCAUUUUAUAGUUUAUAACACAUUUAUAGUUCAUGUUUGUAAUACAAAUAUAAAUGCACUAUGCUUGUCAAUGCUGACCUUUUUUU